UUGUACAGUGUCAAGAUGAAGCUGGAAAGCACACUGGGAGACAUGAGCGGGUGGAGGGAGGUGGACUUUGUCCUUAAUUGCACCUACAUUGUGCCGGACCAGGUGUCAGACCCCAACUUUAGCCUGCCCAAAGCCAUGACGUCCAUCCCACGAAACCUCACCCUCGAAUACGGCACAGACAACGAGGUGAUGGGCGUGUUCAGCAAAGAAUAUAUUCCUCAGGGGACUCGCUUUGGCCCUCUGCAAGGGGUCAUCUACACCAAAGAUAAUGUCCCCAAACAGGCCAACAGGAAAUAUUUCUGGAGGAUUUACAGCAGUGGGCAGCUUCAAAACUUUAUUGAUGGCUACGAUGUCCACAGAAGCAACUGGAUGCGUUAUGUCAACCCGGCCCGUUCUCUGGCCGAACAGAACCUGGUGGCGUGCCAGAACGGCCGCGACAUCUACUUCUACACCAUCCGACCGGUGGAGCCCGGCCAGGAGCUGCUGGUGUGGUACAGCCAGGAGUUCGCCCAGAGGCUCUGCGGCCAGCAGGUCGACAGCAAACAAAAAUACAUAAGUUCUGAUGACGAGUUGGAGUACACCAAACAGCACCUACCUCAGCAGACGUGGCUAACUGAAAGAACAAAAGAGGAAGUUAAGGAAGAGAGGGAUGAAGAUGGGGAGGAAAAGAUUGACGUGGAGAUGCUGGAGAGAGACACUCCGCCUGACACGCCUGAUGACCAGAUCAUGGACUUCAGCAAGAAAGUUGAGAAGGAGGAGAGCGACAGAGAUCCAGAAGACCAGAGGAUCAUUCCUUCCCCUCAGCCUGAACACAGAGAGCCCAGCUUGGGCUUAAAUCACCCGUAUUUACCAGAUCACCAUCCUACAUUCCCAUCUCAGCACCGAAACCUCCCUCUUCACCUCCACGGCCUCUACAGGGAAGGUGUUUCCUCUUAUCCUCUAUACCCCCCAUCCCGACCCAUUCAGCCAAAUUACCAGCUCCUUCCUCCCUACAGCCCGCACUAUCCUCGCCUUCUCCUCCCCUCGUAUUCCCCUCCCUUCCCUGGGAUGCUUCCCUCAAGAGGACCCCUCCGAUACAGCAGCUAUUUGGGCACAGAUGGACUCCCAUAUCCACCCAUUGGGCCCCCAAACCUGCUGCCAGUGUCGCUCCCCUACCCUCCAUCUGCACAGGGAGGUCUUAAAGAGCUAAAGCCAAAUGUGUCGCCACCACAAGGCGCGCCAGCCACCCCAGAACUCUCCCCUCUCCCCAAACCCGACAGUCAGCAUCAGACGUCUGAGCAGUCGUCAUCUGGAUGCGAAGAAGCCAUGAAUCUGAGCCUGGGGACAGUCAAAAGCAACAUAGUGACACGUAACGGCCCCGGCCACAAGUCACUGCCCUAUCCGCUGCAGAAGCAGAACGGGAAGAUCAAAUAUGAAUGUAAUAUCUGCUCGAAGACUUUUGGACAGCUGUCGAACCUCAAGGUCCAUCUCCGAGUUCACAGUGGCGAGAGACCGUUCCAGUGUAACCUAUGCAAAAAGAGCUUCACUCAGCUGGCCCACCUCCAGAAACAUCACCUAGUCCACACGGGAGAGAAGCCACACGAAUGUCAGGUGUGUCACAAACGCUUCAGCAGCACCAGCAACUUAAAAACACACCUGCGCCUCCACUCGGGGGAGAAACCGUAUCAGUGCAAACUGUGCAACACCAAGUUCACCCAGUACAUCCACCUCAAACUGCACCGCCGGCUCCACAGCAGCCGCGACCGGCCCCACCGCUGCCAGCUCUGCGCCCAGGCCUUCUUCCACCGCUUCUCCCUCCGCAUCCACCAGUGCAGCUGCUGCCUGGCCAACGCUCCCGUCAACAUGCACAUGAAACAGAUGGUGGAGCGGUUCGACGCCAGCCAGGAGGCCGACAUGCUCACGGAGGCGGCGUCAGCAGCCCAGGUAGAGGAGGCGGUGGAGCGCUGGUUGGCUCGUACCUUGGAGGGUGAGGGCAAGGAGGACCAGAAGGAGGCGACCAUACUGCUGAAAGCUCUGACGGGGGCAAUUAACGCACCACCAAUGCCCACAGCCCAAUCAGCUACAUCACACCACAGCCCCCAACUGGCCUAUCAGGAGAGGGCAAGUGUUGUUCAUCUCCACCAACGGCCGACAGUGAAGACGGAAGGACAGUGAGAAAGACGAUGGAAUUAAAAAAAAAAAAAGGACAUACAGCAUACCAUUAACCAAGGAAGCAGAUGUCGCCAAAUAAAACUCCCUUAUAGUCCACAGAGGGCGAUAAAGGGAAUAUAAACUUUCAAAAUCCAAUGAGCGCAGCACCAAAACAAGAGCAUUCCAAAGACUGGGUGAGGGUAUUAGUGAUUGUAAAUCCUCACAAAACUCAGAGGAGGAUGUUGUUAAACUGUGAAGUAUUUAAAAUUCUUUUCACUCAGGUAGAGAAAUGUUUGCUUUUUUGUGCUUUAACUUAUUACUUUUAUUUUGAAAUUUGAGUUAUCUAUAUUUAUUUAGUUGUAUCAUAGUUUGUUUUUACUGUUAGUGUUUAUUUUUUUCCUCUGUGUGUUGAUCAAAUCUCCUUGGAAAACCACAAACGGUCUCAGGAUGAUGUAAUAAUGUGGCACAAACCUGUGAGCUUGUUUGAGCGUCGGGAUGCAUGUGUACAAGGAGUGGGAGCAUUUGUGACUGACAGGGCACAAACCGGCUUCCUGUGCUUCAGCUUUUUGCAACUGUUUUUAUUUAUUUAUAAUUAAAAAAGGGAAAAAUCAGGGAUCUUGAAACAGUGUUAGUGAGCAAUUGCCAAAAUGACAAUCACAGAACAUGAAUGUGUAGCAGUGUUUCUGGAUCAUUAUUCAACCCAUUCUGACACGGGAAAGUUCAUAAAAAGCAUUAUUUACCAUUUGCCACUUUUCACAGCUAAAUUCAAUCUAUCAAAGACACACUGAGUGAAUAUGUACUCAAGAUCUUCUUUCUUCUUGCAAUGUUUUUAUGUUGAAACUUAACGCUGAGUAACUAAGUGGAAUCAUUAUGUAGCUUUUUACUGGAUGUAAAUGUUUCACAUAUUCUUACAUACAAAGCUUUACUGUAAAUGUUUGUAAACUCCAGCUUCAUCCAAAUCUUCAUUCAGACAUUGGUACCUCGUAUUCAGCAUCUGACAUAAAAAGCUAGCAACAUAGGAGCACAAUUUUCUAACACUGUUCAUAUUUCCAUCACAUAGCACUGUAAUAAAAAUGCAAUUUCUGUAGAUUUGUGUGCUUUUGGUUGUUACCCAGAACCAGCAGACGGGUACUGUUCUUGAAAAUUCUACUACUGAGUCAGUAAUGUACUUAUUUUUUCAUUUUCUUAGUGUUUUUUUUAUGUACAAUAUGUUUGUCAUUGUAGUUUAUUUUUUGGAAACAGGUUAUUAAAUGUUGAGAAUUUAUACGUGAGAGACUAUUUUGAUGAUACUUUUAUAUUUACAUGAUGUAGCAUAUUAAAGAUAUUGUUUCUAUACA